GUCUUGCUGCCUGCCCUUGGACGUCUUUUGCGUGUCGGUUUCAGAGACAGUCAGGAACUGGUUGAAUUCGCGUUCGCGUCGUCCGUAAGUACAAUAUCGCUAGGUCGCAUACGUCUGUCGCUCCUCCCGACUCUUCAUCCGUGGGACUUCAGUCCCUGCCUCCAAACUCCGUCCCGCCCGAAAAUGCACAACUUCCUGCUCCUGUGCCGGCGUACAUCAGGGACGCAGCACGGGGUGACCUCUCCACGGUGGGGGGCACUGGAUCUAGGGUCCGUAAUUAGAAGCGGUUCUACGUUCUUUCCAGUCCGGAUGGAAGGUGCAAGACCUUUGCUUGCCGUUGAUAUUCAGUUGUCAAAAGCUCGGGUCCCGAUUCGACCGUCGAUGGACAUGAAAGCCAUACCAAAGACCUCAAAAAUCUCCGACAUGGCAUGGAAGCAAAUCUCGCUAUACUUGAAUCUUCAAAUUGUCCAAAUCCUGAAGGACAUGGGGGCAACUGUCGCGGAGAAGAAGGAUCGGAUAUGGGGAUUUGAAGAGCUUUUGCAGUGUUGCGACUUGUGCGUUGCUGUUCGAACUGGAUCUCUUUGAGAAGGACGGGAAGAGGGAUGCGAAAAAAGGGUGGGAUUUUGAUGGGAAGUGAUAGCAUUCGGAUGCGUAAACGCUAGGAACUUGCUUAUGCCAGC